AAAAAAAAUGGAAGUGAAAAAAUAGUUCAAUAUUAAGGACCAAAAGUGGGUUUUUCUUUUUUGAAAUUUUUGAGUGGAACCAUCAUUUUGUAAUUCCAUUCCCAUCUAAAAGAAGCGGCAAAAUCGAGUUCGAAAUGCCACUGGCAAUCCGAAAUUUCCACUUCCUACGUUCAAUUUCUCUCAGUUUCUGCCCCAAAAUCCAAAACCCUAGAAUCACCGAAUCGACGCCAUCCCACACUCUGCCAACUCCCCUGAAAUCUCCAUCAUCCCGGGAUCAAAGGCCCGUCAGCAUGUCGUCGUCUUCGUCUUCGUCUUCAUGGCCAUGCAAGAAAUGCACGUUCCUGAACCCACCCUCUGCAAAACCCACCUGCCAGAUUUGCCUCUCGAACUCCUCUCCUUCUCCUCCGGCCUCCCCCGCAACCCCCAAGUGGGCCUGCAAGUCCUGCACUUUCUUGAACCCUUACAGGAACAGCCGCUGCGAAAUCUGCUGCACUGGGGCUUCCGCCUCCAAGUUCGAUGACUUGAAGGACACGACCUCUGACAUUGAUCCUUCGGUGGGGUCCGUGUUCUUCCCUCUGAGGGCUUGCUCUAGUAAGAGGAAGAGGGAGGACCGACCCAUUCAGGAUGAGGGCGGUGACGUUGGGGGAGGACGAGAGGAUGGUGUUCCGGUUGGCGAGUUUCGUGGGAUCAAGGCGAGCAGUAAAGGAGUUGGAGAGGACAGGUCUUCAUUCUUGGGUUUGAGCUCAGUAAAGAUACUGAGUUACAAUGUUUGGUUCCGAGAAGACCUCGAGCUGCACAAGAGAAUGAAAGCAAUAGGGGAUCUUAUUCAACUGCAUUCCCCUGAUGUCAUUUGUUUUCAGGAAGUUACUCCUACCAUAUAUGAAAUAUUUCUUCAAUCAAGCUGGUGGAAGUUUUACUGUUGCUCUGUUUCGAGUGCAGAUGCAUAUGAGAGGCCCUACUUUUGCAUGCAGCUGAGCAAACUGCCUGCGAAAUCCUUCACUUGCAAACCCUUCAACAACUCCAUAAUGGGCAGAGAACUGUGCAUCGCCGAGCUUGAGAUCCCAUUGGUUGUGGCCACGAGCCACCUUGAGAGCCCGUGUCCUGCUCCACCGAAGUGGGACCAGAUGUACAGCAAGGAACGAGUGGACCAAGCCAGAGAGUUGAUCCCCCUCCUUGAUAAGAACCCAAACGUGAUAUUUGCUGGUGACACCAACUGGGACGACAAGCUCGAUGGCAAUUUUCCCUUGCAGGAAGGAUGGGUCGACGCGUGGGCCCACCUGAGGCCCGUAGAGAAUGGGUGGACAUAUGACACCAAGUCCAACAGGAUGCUGUCGGGAAACCGGACACUUCAGAAGCGACUGGAUAGGAUCAUGUGUAAAUUGCAGGAUUUUAAGGUGAGUGGAAUCGAGAUGAUUGGGAUGGAGGCGAUCCCGGGCCUAUCAUAUUGCAAGGAGAAGAAGAUUGGGAAGGAGAUGAAGCAGCUGGUGCUGCCGGUCUUGCCGAGCGAUCACUAUGGGUUGCUUCUAACAAUUUCAAGGCAGUGAAUACGUGGUGCAAACUGAAAGGUUCCUAGAAAUAUAUAUAUAUAUAUAUAUUUGUAUAGAUGAAAAGGUUUAGGCCUUGGAUGGCCUCUGGAUGAAGGCAUUUUUGUACAGGUGACAAGGUGUUCAUCUUUCACACUAAGAGAUGUCCGACCUCCACCCUUAUCAAGGGCGAUGGGUCUUAAGUCUCAUCUGGACCUAUUAAAUUGAAUGGAAAUUCCCAUGUUUUUGGAUUA